AUGGGUAUUUAUAUCCUGACCCUUUCCCUACGCCCCAAUGUGAGCCCCGCCGUCGCGCUCGUCUCCGCGCGCCCUCGCUCCCUCUCCCUCUCCCUCGCGCGCUCGCGCUCGUCGCCGCAGCCCCCGCGCGCGCGCUCACCGCGCUCACUACAUCGGCCGCGCGCCCCGGCCGAAUCGCCUGUGCCACGGCCUCCUCUCCCCCUCCCGCACCGUCCCGCGCGCACGCCGCUCAGGGCCGCGCCCCGCCCCUGUCCGUGCAUCGCCGCGCGCACCCCGCGGCCACGCGAUGCGCCCGCCAACCUCCUCGCUCCGGCCACCACCCGCGGCCGCCUCCUCCCCUGCUGCUUGCUCGCCGCCUACCACCCCCCCCGCUCGCCGCUGCUGCUCGCUGCGGGGCUCGGCCGCGCCCCCGCGCCCCUGGUGCUGCUCCCCCCGCCUCCCUGUCGCCCUAUCGCCGCAGCGCCGUCGGCCACCGCGGCCGCCCUGGCCAUCGGCCUCGCCUCGCCGCACUCUCUGCGGGCGAGCGCCCGUCCAGGCGCCCACGCCCGCUAG